AUGGAUAGCAGAGACAACCUAUGGACCCGCCGAUCCAAUACCAGCAAGCUUUCACUUUCCAUGAGCAGCGGUGAUGGAAAGUCCGAUCCACCGCAACGCACCUUCUCUGCCACCAAACGCUUUGGUGAUACGUCAUCCCACGGCGGCCGCAACCCUUUCAAUGCCCUCUCCCCCAUAACCGCUGGCGGCCUCGCUUCCCCCACCACUUCUGGCCAGACCGCAUUUGGUCUUGGAUCAGGCGCAUUCGCUUCGUUCGGCUCUGCGAACAAGACCCCAAAAACGCCAGGCACCGCCUUCGACUUCAAAACCGCAACAAUGAGUGGAGGCGCACCCACGACACCGGGCGAGAAAAAAGAGAAGCCGGCGGGCAAGAUUGUGAACAGCGCCCGAAAGGAAUCGCUCUCCAUCACUGCCUCGGAAGAGGCACCAGUCUCGUCUGCGCCCUUAGACUUCAGCGUGCCAUGGCCGCUCAAGUACACUUGGGUCAUCUGGUACCGCCCGCCCACGCCCAAAAACUCGGACUACGAAAAGUCUACCAAGGCGCUGUGUCGAAUGAGCACCGUGCAAGAGUUCUGGAAGGUUUUUAUACAUCUCAAACGACCAUCAACACUACCUACCGUAUCUGAUUAUCACUUCUUCAAAGAAGGCAUUCGUCCUGUGUGGGAGGACGACGAAAAUAAGCGUGGCGGCAAAUGGAUCAUGCGCUUGAAGAAGGGUGUAGCCGAUCGUUAUUGGGAAGAGCUGCUCAUGGCAGUGACCGGGGGCGAGUUCAUGGAGGCGACAGAAGAGGUGUGCGGCUUUGUGCUCAGCGUGCGGAGCGGUGAAGACGUCUUCAGCAUCUGGACCAAGAACGACGGCGGCCGCAACAUCAAGAUUCGCGAAACCGUCAAACGCGUGCUCAACCUCCCCGAAGGCACCAUCAUCACCUGGCGCAGUCACGACGAGAGCAUCGCUCAGCGAACGGCAAUCGACCAAGCACGCCAGGACAAGGGCCACCAAGAGAAGCGAAGACCUAACACCAGCAACACUGAAGAAUCGUCAAAGUAA